AUGACAACGAUGUUCGUCCAACUGCGCCGUGUGGUGUACCUGUUGGUACUUCUGCAGUGUUGUGCGUAUUUGGCGCGUGCAAACGAUGGUCAGAAUACUGAAGAGAAUGUUGUUGGGGCGGAGAAAAAGUUGGUGGAAUGGAUGAAGAGGGAGAAAGAACUUUUGGGGAAGGGAAAGGGAUGUGUGAAGGUGUGGAAGGAGGAAAAGGAGUCGUGCGUUGCAAGAUCGACACCGACCAAGGGCGCUGCCGAUGCCGUUGUUGCUCUUCUUAAGAAAAUUAAGGAUAAAGUGGGGGAGCUUGUCACGUCGACAGGUGGGGUCAAUGGUGGUAAGGUUCGCGUGGAAGAGGUUAAGGAAACGAUGCAAAAAACACAAGAGACAGUUAACGAUACGAGAGCAACGCUGGACGAAACAACGACUGUAACCAACUAUUGUUACCAUUAUCUUGAUUACUGGAAACAAGAAGUAGAGGCCAAGGAUGACACACGAAAAUACUACAUUAGUGAGAUUGAGGGCGCAAAAGACGAGUACAAGACACCAGCGAGAAUAGAACUCGUUGAGGAAAGCAACAAAAUGCAUGAGAGUUUGACUUGGGGAAUGGAAGAGCUUGCCGCUGUUCAUAAAUGGAGUUAUGCCUGCGCGAGGGAAGUCAAGGAGGAAAUGGUGAGGGCGAAUCGAUCGAUGAACGAAAUCGAGGAAGUUUUUGAUGACCAUAAAGAAGAAGUAAAAGGAGCCAGAAUUGGCACUGUAACAGUUGCGAAGAAAUCUACGAUAAAGGAGAGACUGGAUGUCGCAUGGAAAGAGGCAGCGCUAAAUAUAGAAAAGGCAAAAGAGGAAGAAAAACAAAAAAAGAAACAAGCAGAACUGGAGAAAGCAAAAGCCCAAAGGGAUAGAGAGGCCGAGGAGAGAAGAUUGCAAGAACAGGCCCAAAGGGAAAGACAGGCGCAGGUGGAAAAGGAAAAAGAACAGGCCCAAAGAGAAAGAGAAGCCGAGCAGAGGAGCGUGCAAGAACAGGCCCAAAGGGAAAGACAGGCGCAGGUGGAAAAGGAAAAAGAACAGGCCCAAAGGGAAAGAGAAGCCGAGCAGAGGAGGGUGCAAGAACAGGCCCAAAGGGAAAGACAGACGCAGGUGGAAAAGGAAAAAGAACAGCUGGAACGGGCAGCGGAAGAGGCGAAAAAAAAAGCAGAAGCAGCUAAGAAGAAUGAUAACAGCAACAGUCCUGCAAUGGUGCAGAGUUCCAUGCUGUUUCUUGUGUUGUGUGUGUUGGGUUGCACUCUCGUUUGCUGA